CCUCGCGGCGUCUCACGCAAGCGGGUCAUGGCCGGCCCGGUGCGGGGCGCAGGGCCCAGGGCCCUGGACCUGCUUCGGGCUCUGCCUCGUGUGAGCCUGGCUAACUUGAGGCCGAACCCGGGCUCCAGGAAGCCGGAAAGACGACGAAGAGGUCAGAGAAGAGGUAGGAAGUGUGGCAGGGGCCACAAGGGAGAACGUCAGAGAGGAACCCGGCCCCGGCUGGGCUUUGAAGGAGGCCAGACUCCAUUUUACCUUUGAAUCCCAAAAUACGGGUUUAAUGAAGGACACAGCUUCAGACGCCAGUAUCAGCCUUUGAGUCUCAACAGGCUUCAGUACCUGAUUGACUUGGGCCGUGUUGAUCCCACACAACCUAUUGACUUAACCCAGCUGGUCAAUGGGCGAGGUGUUACCAUCCAGCCAUCUAAAAGGGACUAUGGAGUCCAGCUAGUAGAGGAGGGCGCUGACACCUUUAAGGCAAAAGUUAACAUCGAAGUUCAGCUAGCUUCUGAGCUGGCCAUCGCCGCCAUCGAGAAGAAUGGGGGUGUCGUCACGACCGCCUUCUAUGACCCGCGAAGCCUGGAAAUUCUGUGCAAACCCAUCCCAUUCUUUCUCCGUGGGCAACCCAUUCCCAAGCGGAUGCUCCCUCGUGAGGCACUCGUGCCCUACUACACUGAUGCGAGAAACCGAGGCUACCUGGCGGAUCCCGCCGGAUUUCCCGAAGCAAGACUGGAGCUCGCCAAGAAGUACGGCUAUAUUUUACCGGACAUCACUAAAGACGAACUCUUCAAAAUGCUCAGUACUCGGAAGGAUCCACGGCAGAUUUUCUUUGGUCUGGCUCCAGGAUGGGUGGUGAACAUGGCAGACAAGAAGAUUCUGAAACCUAAGGAUGAGAAGCUCCUGAGCUCCGUCCAGGGGAGCCAGUGGUAG